GAUAACUUUAACACAAUGCAAUUCUAAAUUAGAAAAAUAAAUAAGCUGACAAAUUGUAGCUACAAAAUUACAAUAUAAACGACGCUAAGCAACAAACAAAAACAUCAACAAAAGUGCAACCGAAAGAAAACUAAGCAUUCGUAGCGGCGAAAGCGCGGGAAUUGUGCAGUAAAGAAAGUGUGUUUUACUCUUGAAGUGCAUUUCGAUGGAGAUGGAAAAAAAGGCAAAAGAGCAAUUGCGUCGGUAUAAAAAGUCACGGCACACACAUUCGAGCACCGACAGCUCCAGCACAGACACAGACAGUGGCAGUAGUUCGUACAGCAGCUCGGACAGCGAACGGGACCACCAUGGUCAUGCCCAUCCGCAUCAGCGUGCAGCUGAGCGUCAUCACCGGAAAAAGAAGAGCUCGCGUCGCACGGGCAGCACAUCGUCGGGCGACGAGCGACGGAAGCGCGACAAGCGGGACAGGGAGCGCGAUCGUGACCGAGACCGAGAUCAUGUUCAGAAGAAACUGGUUGCAAAACGCAAUCAUAUCAAGCGCAAGCUGAAGGAGGCGCGCCUCAAGAAGCGAGCAGCUGCUGCGCUAAGUGGACACGGGCAUCGCGCCCUGUCCCCAGCCACACAGGCGAAACUCAAGAAGCUGGCGGAGCGCAAACAUUUGCGUGUGGCCAGCAAAGAGCAGCGAGAACGGGAGCGCGAAAAGCUACGGAGUGUGCAUAGGGAACGGGAGCGGGAGCGCGAUCGGGAUCACCAUCGCUUAGGCAGCAGUCGAUCGCCCACCGGCGCCUCCAGCACCACGACCACCACCAAAAUACGCAUACAUCAGGAUGUGGUGGGCAAGCGGCAAAAGAGUCCAGGUCCCGGUUCGGGCCUGGGGCCGAAUGGCACGCCCACCGCCCGAAUGCAUCAUCAGCUCAUGUCACGCGAGAAGAUCAUCAUCCAGACACGAACACGUGGACGCACUCCGUCGCUAGAGCGUGAGCGAGAGAGAAGGGAGCGCGAACGCGUAGAGCGGGAGCACGAGAGGCAGCGGCACGAGCACAAGCUGCAGCGCCACGAUGACCUAUCGCUACGUGAACGGGAACGGGAUCGGCGCGAUCGUGAACGAGAGCGUGCCGAGCGUGAGGCGGCUCGUGACAAGGAGCGAGCCGAGGCACUGGCGCGCUGCCAAGAGCGGCAGCGGGAGCGAGAGCGCUUAGCUCGUGAGAAGCUGCGUCGCCAGGAGGAGGAGGAGGGCAAGAAGCCGUAUGGUGCGCCCGGUGUACGCGACAUGGAAAUGGCCAUGCCAUACGGCAGUCGCGAGCGUUCGCUGGAGACCGUGGAUCGGGCUGGUCGUCAUGUGCGCGACAAGCGCGACUUGGACGUCUACGAGCGCGAACAGGAGCUGAUCGAGGCCGAGCGCCAUGGCCUGAUCAGCGAGAUGCGACGAUACGGAGAUCAAAGGCGUCGCGAGCUCAGCCCCUUGCCCGAUCACUAUCCGCCACGUCUACGAGAUCCGCGCGAUCUCUACUCGGAGGAGGAGCGAGAGCGGGCCUACAAGCGGGCGUAUAUGGAUGCGCGCUACUCUAGGGAUCGAGAGGCGUGGCUAGAGGCGCGCGACCUGCGCGACUAUCGGGAGUUGGACGCCGAUGAUGCACUCUAUGCCGAGGAGCGGGAGCGCAUGUUGCGCGAACGUGAGCGGAACAGAGAGCGGGAGCGCGAGCGUUUGCCGUCACGCGGCGAUUAUCGUGCCGAAUGGGAGCGCGACUGGGAUGAGGAUAACGGCGGUGGGGGCGGGAAUAGCGGUGGCGGCGGCGGCGCCAAUGGCAGCGGCACACCUGGACGUGCCGCCGGUUUCGUGGGUGGCCCCAAACGGCCGAAACCAUCGAGCCAGCAGCCGGGCAAGCAGCAGCAUCAUUCCGCCUCGGAGCCCGACUGGGAUGCCGAUGAACGCGAGGAGUGCGCCGACGGCAACGUCGGUGUGGUCAAGAAUGAGCCAGCCUGGCUUGAGCACGAUCAGCGCGACAAGCCACGCCCCUGGCAGCAGCCCAACAAUGACUGGCGCGAGAACGAUGAGCCGAGCUUCGGCCGCAGCAAUGGCAACGGCGGCGAGGGGCAGCCGCCUCAUCAUCCGCCGUCAUCCUCGCCGCAUCAUCAUGUGCACGCACGCGGGGAACGGGGUGGUGGGCGCGGUUUCCGGCGAGGUGGCGGUGCACCGUCGCACGGUCACGAGCAUGGCGAGCGCGGCUACAGAUCGCAUCCCCCGCCUCUAAUGACACUGCCGGUGCAGCCGCCCGGUGGCUAUCAUGGCGGCGGUGGCGGCAGCACGCGUGGCUUUCCGCACAAGCGUCUGCCCUAUGGCGGAGGCGCCGGCAUGGGAGGCAACACAUUUCUCAAGAAGCACCCACAUCUACCGCCCACAGCAGCAGCUGCAACGGUGUCCACAGCCCAGGCACCGGCCCAUGCCCAGCCCAAGCCAAGCAAUGCCGCGGCACAGGCCAGCGCCGUAGCGGCGGCCACCACAGCAGUGGCCGCAGCCAAGGCAGCCGCACAGAGCGCAGCCAAUGCCACCACCAAUCCGGGAAUCUUGGCACAGGUUAGCAAGUUGCCAAACAUUAAGCAGGAGGAUGCGUCCGAGGAUUCCGUUGACAUGCCAGAGCCCGGCCAAAGCACCGGAGCCAGUGAGCCGGCAGCAGAGCAGGCCGCGGGCAUGGAGACGUCCCUGCGUCAGCUGAAAGAGGAGCCAAAGCCCAACGGCGAACUGAGCGAGAUCAGCGACAGUGACGACGAUAUACUGAACAAAACGGAUAAGGUAAAGCCCAAGAGCGAGCUGCAACUGGAGGGCGCACUGGCUGGCACCCAGGAGCUGUCCGCUGACACGCUGUCCAACAGUGACGAGCACAUCAAAGGCGAAAUGCAGCCUCAGUCCCAGUCACAGGCACAGUCACAGUCUCAGUCACAGAGUCAGUCACAGUCACAGUCGCAGUGUCAGUCACAGACAAACAUUAAGAACGAGGACGUGGACGAGGUGCUGGACUUUGAGGAGAUAUCCGAUGGCGAAUUGGAAGAGGACGCGAGGCACAAGGGCAUUGGUGAUGCUUUGGGCGUCGACUGGCAGGGCUUGAUCGCGGAGACGCGUCAGCAGGCAACGGAGCAUGCGGCACAGCAGGGCGCCGAUCGCAACACAUCGGCCAAACAGCGAUGGCAGCCACAUCGCGUGCUGCUCGAUAUGGGCAUCAGCUUUGGCAUGGCUGGCGCGAAAUAUGCACGGCAAAUAAUUGAGGAAUCGCGACAGCAGCUGCUGCUGGAGGAGCAAAUGGCGCAGCAGAAUCAGGCGCUAGUCAAGACAGAGCCCGAACACGACACGGUCGAGACGGGCAAGACGACGCCGGCACACGACUAUCGCGAAUUGCUGGACACCGAGCAUGUGGAGCCGCUGGCCUGCGUCCAGAUGGGCCUGCGCAGCGCCGCCGCCGAGCGCCAGCGUCUGGUCGGCAACGUUUGCGGGCCGGGCAGUCGUGCGUUGAGCUCACGCCAGGAUUUACGCCUGCGACGCCAGCUUUGCGGGCUGCCCGCUCGCGAAUGUGAUUUCCCACGCAACGUGCCCAUUGUCAGCGAGGGAUUGCGCUCCUUGGCCAUGCACAUGUUCCAGCGCACUCUCGAUGUCAAAUGAGAUCCGAUCGCUCGACGUCGGCUCGAGCAGCUCAGCUACAGACUGGAUAUACAAAUCUAUAUGCAAUGUCCGGACGAUGUCCCAAUCGACGAUGACAUUGGAUAGCAAUGAUGAUAAUAAUAAUGAUGAUAAUGUUGAUGAUGAUGAUGAUGAGAAUAUGAUGCCUAAUGGUAAUGCCAGCGAGAUCCCUUGUGCUUUACCCCGUAAAUUACCUUAACAUAAUGUCCGAGAUUCCAAUAAUUGUAGCUAUCAAUCAUGCAACAUUAAUGUAUCUUAAUGGAUCACUUGAAUUAAAAGCAAAUCAAUGUA